AUGUCAUUCAAUGCCUUUGCCAGCUCUUUGAGCAAGAAACUACAGGAACUCUCCACGAGUGUGUCCGAAAGAACCCAGGAUUUGCCCAACUUGGCGCAAUCCACCCAAAGAAUGGUCCAGGAGCGUCUGGGUCAGGUGACAGACAUCUCACAGUUGCCACGGGAGUACACGGAGCUCGAGGACAAGGUCGACACCAUAAAGCUGAUCUACAGUCACUUCUUGGGCGUGACUGCGAUCUACGAAAACGGGUCGUACGACUACCCUAAAUACAUCAACGAGUCUGUCAACGAAUUUUCCAGCAGCUUGGCCUCCAAGUUGACCGAGUUGACCCAUGCCACGUCUGCUUCCGAGGCGCAGAACAUCUUGGUCGCUCCAGGCCCUAUAAAGGAGCCCAAGACAUUGAACUAUGCUUUGAGCAAAGUGGCUUUGAACUCUAGCGAGUGUUUGAACAAGAUGUUCCCCAGCGAGGAACAGCCCCUGGCCUCUUCGCUCUUGCAGUUCAGUGAUGUCCAGGCUAAGAUUGCUCAGGCUAGAAUCCAACAAGACACUUUGAUUCAAACCAAGUUCAAUAAGAAAUUGAGGGAAAGAGUCUCUUUCGAAAUCGGUAAAGCCGAUAAAUGUCGCAAGGAAGUCCACUCCAUGAGAUUGAGAUACGACGUGGCAAGAACAAACUUGGCCAACAAUAAGAAGCCAGAAAAGGAAGCUUCCCUAAGAGUCCAAAUGGAAACUCUGGAGGACCAGUUCGGCCAAGUCACCGAAGACGCUACUGUGUGCUUGCAGGAGGUUAUUUCUCACGCCAACUUCACCGAAGACUUGAAGGAAUUGGCCAAGGCUCAAGCUGAGUAUUUCGAAACCUCUUCCGCCCUAAUGAAGGAAUUUUUGUCCGAUUCAUUCGCUCAAGAGCCUGAAUCAAAGCCUCAAGCAGAAGAUGGAAAGCCACAGGCCGCUAUUUCUAUGAACGACGAAGAUGAUGCUUAA